CUCUAUGGCUGACGCGCAGUUCUGCGCAUGCGUUUUUGUGUUUGUAUCAUAGCGCUGUAAGGAGUUCGUUUAUGGUGAGUUCUUCUGCAGUUACAAGUUCACAAUGGUGUUGAUGAACCCUGUAAUUUCCAAGCUGACUGGUAAACUGGUCGUCCUGGCUAGCUCUUCUCCAAGGAGGCUGGAAAUACUCACCAAUGUGGGUUUACGAUUUGAGGUUGUGCCCUCCUGGUUUAAGGAAACCUUAGACAAGCGGCUGUUUGAAACACCCCAUGAGUAUGCUGUGGAGAAUGCCAAACUGAAAGCCUUGGAGGUGGCAAAGAGGAUGCCUUAUAAACACCUGAAAACUCCAGACAUUGUGAUCGGAGCAGACACUGUUGUAACUGUUGAUGGACUGAUUCUUGAGAAGCCAGUGGACAAGCAAGAUGCCUACCGAAUGCUUUCUAGGCUGAGUGGUAAAGAACACAGUGUAUUUACUGGAGUGGCGAUUAUUCUCUGCCAUGAGAAAAAAGAUGGAGAGAUUAAUUACCAAGUAAUUGACUUCUAUGAGGAGACCAAAGUGAAGUUUGCUAAUCUGUCUGAUGAUUUGCUCUGGGAGUACAUCAAUAGUGGAGAACCUAUGGACAAGGCCGGUGGCUAUGGCAUCCAGGCUCUGGGUGGCAUGCUGGUAGAGUAUGUGCACGGAGACUUCCUGAACGUGGUAGGCUUCCCACUCAACCACUUCUGUAAGAAGCUGGGUGUCAUCUUCAGUCCUCCAAACACCCUGGGCCUAAGUCCCCAGGGCAGCCUGACACCAAAUGGCUCACAGACCAGACCUGUUGAGACAGCCUCUUCAGUCGCCAGCAGCCCUUCAGCGACCCAAGCCUAUAACAGUGUUCUGGACAGCGAGGGACAACACAGCCCUUCGGCCAGCCCAGUCCAUAAGGUAAAGCAGGGGGAGAGUGCGGUGGGAGGGAGAGAUGCUCCCCAGACGUUGGUCAGCAGCCUGUCCAAGUGCUCUGAGAAUGGGGAGGUUAAACAUCUGGACAACAGUGGCCUUAUGGCACCAGGCGCAACCAACAAGGGCACCAAGUGGACACAAAAUGCAAACCACAGCGAGAAGGAUGACUGCAUAGAAGGGAUGAGAAAGAUGACUGAGCUCAUUGAUGGAUUCAAAGCCUCAAAGGCAUUGUUCACAGCCUCUGAAUUGCAUGUGUUUGACAUGUUAAGGAGCAGUAAGACCGGGGAGCUGCAGGUUGAGGACGUGGCCCGGGAGAUCAAAGCAUCUGUGAAGGGGACAGAACGCCUGCUGGAGGCCUGUGUCUCUCUGGGACUCCUGCAAAGAAAGGGAAAAGAAUACACAAACUCAGAGCUUUCUAGGCGUUUCCUGCUGUCGGAUGCUUCAUACUCUCUACAGGGUUACAUCCAACACUGUAAUGAGAUGGUAUGGCCUCUCUUCAGCUACCUGGAGAGCGCUGUAAAGGAGGGGACCAACCAGCACGAGAAGGCUUUUGGAAAGACCUCAGAUAACCUCUUCCAGGACACCUACUACAGCAGAAAUGAGGUGAAGCUGCGGUUCAUGAAGGCAAUGCACAGUAUUGCCAUUGUUUCCAGUAGAGACGUGGCAAUGGCCUUCGACCUCUCCCAAUAUACGACUGCCUGUGACCUGGGAGGAUGCACUGGGGCCAUGGCGUAUGAGUUUGUCAAAGUUCAUCCUGGGCUGUCCGUGACCGUGUUCGACUUGCCUGAAGUCAUUGAGAUGAGCGAUCACUUCCGCCCACACGAUGCAGAUAACAGAGUAUCGUUUGUAGCAGGAGAUUUUUUUAAAGAUGAGCUUCCCAAGGCAGAUAUAUACAUCUUAGCGAGAAUUCUACAUGACUGGUCCGAUGAGAAAGUUCACAUCUUGCUGAGUAAAAUUUCAAAAGCAUGCAGUUCAGGCGGCUGUGUGCUGGUCAGCGAGAUCUUCUUGGAUGAGGACCGGACGGGCCCGGGCAGGGGCCUUCUCCAGGCCCUUAGUAUGACAGAGGGGAUACAGAGAAGUGCAUCUGAAUACAGCUUCCUACUUAAGAGCCAAGGCUUCACUACGACACAUGUCAAGCACACACACAACAUCCUGGACGCCAUGUUAUGUGUCAAAGAGGGACUUGGAAACCAAUGAAGUACAAAUAAUUUGACUUGCCCGUUGUCCCAACAUCUCUGCACUUUUUUUUAAAUACCUGAGGUGACACGUUGAGUAAUUGCAAACUGCUUGCAAAUACCCUUUUAUGGCACAUGAAUGAUUACUUUAGGAGAGGAAGGAAGAAUCCUUUAUUUUAUUUUCAAAGGAAAGUGGACAUACACUGUCCUUACGUAAUUUUUCAUUUCCUUCCACGGCUUUGAUUGAAAGUUGGUAUUGGGAGACAGGUGCUUUCCGGCGGGGAGUACAGAUGUUUAUGAGGACGGGAGUUUUACAACUGGACCACGGUCCACACAGAAAUAACUAUUUUAAAUAAUAAUUCAAACAGGGCUGGACUUGACUGGGCUUGAUGGAAACUUCUAUUUCUUUUCAAACUCCAAAUGGUUUUUACUUGGUACCAUAGAUUGUGACUAGGUAACAGGCACCUGCCUUGACUGUAAGGCAUGUGACCUUUCCCCAGAAUUACUAAGCCACUUUAUUUUCGGUUUCCAAUGUUUGAUCAAAUGGUCCACAAUGUAUAUUUCAAUUGGCUACAGCAAAGGCAUUUUCUAUUUCUGAUUUAGAAAUCAUUGCAACAUUUGUAAUCUCUGCAAUAAAGCACCCAUGAACUGAUAACAACAAAUGACAACCAACUUGUUUGCUUGGCCUCUUUUGCAAAAAAUAUGUAAUUUUAAGACCCCAACCAAAAACACUACAUUGUUUGUUUAUUUUUUUGCGUUACACAAAUGUAUGAUUGGUGUUUAAAUAAUGAAUCAUUGGUUGUUUAAUAUUGGGUGUGAGUGCACAGGGAAUAGUACCACUAACGUAUAUACUAAAUAUUGGGUAUAAAUUUUCCAAUAAUUAUCAUAAUUUCUGACAUUACUACAAUGGUAAAAGACUAUGAUUUAUGCACAUUGAAUAGGCAAUGGGAUGCACUGUCAUUGAAUAUCUUUCUUAUUUGGUUAGCGUCACUUUGAUUGGACUUAACAGCUGUGUUCUGCACGGCAGAGCAAAACUGAUUUCUGUCAGUUGUUGCAUAAGUUAUAUGUUGGAAUUAAUUUACUUUGUCUAAGACUCCUUUAACUGUAAAGCAAACGGAAUAAACACAAUACAUUUUAUUAUUCGUA